GUGUCACGCUCAAAUAAUUUUUAAAACUACCGGGUACAUUGAAUAACAGACCAAUAUAGGUUCUCCUUUAAUAGGACUUAAAUAUGUGCUUUUGACGUAAAAUCAAAAUGGCGGAUUAGUAUUUCUGAAUAUUGAAACUUGUCACAAAUCACACCCAAAAUGGUGUUAAUACAUAAUACAGGAAUGCAAGUUCUUCUUGUACUAAGUAUCUUUAGUACAUGUACAGGUCUAAUGUGCUAUUUCUGUUCGGACACAAGUAACGAGGCGGGUAAAAACUCGUGCCAAUCUUGGGUGAAAUCCAUGAGAUAUUUCCGCAAGAAAUAUAACGAAAAAGGUGUAUUUGAUACAACGAAAUAUGUAAAGAACUGCACAGGGUUUGCCGAUUUACCAGAAGAGCAAAUAACAUGCGGUAUUUUUUCCACUCAGUCCAGAGGGUUGAUGCGCAGUUUCAUCAGGGAUUGCAGCGACGGGAAGAGUUUCUAUGAUACAAGUCUGAACGAACAAUUUGAGAACCGUCUCAUGGCUGACAAUCAAACAUCAUGCGUGUACAAAGGAACGAGUGACAUUGUUUGCAUAACUCUAUGUAAAGACAACUUUUGCAACGGCCCUCUGCUGUCGUCGACAAGUACAAUAGAAUCACUGUUCGCUUUGCACGUGUUAGCUGCAUUUACUAAGUAUUGGCUCUGAAAGACAGUGUAACAUUUUAUACUUUUUGUAUUAGACCAAUGAUGUUCAAAUACAGUUUUUUUUUGUAUUUUUUGUAUUUCAAAUCGCACAGUUUUAUUGCACAUGUUGGUUAUUAUCGGACCAAUAAAUAUACCGUCCCUUUUCUCAUACAGCACAACAAUUUUAAUUAUUCUCAUAUACUUUCUUCAUGUAACUACUUAUUUAUUGAUUAGGCUUCGACAUUUAUGUACGGACUAUUUUUUACCAUUCAGUUCAUUUCGUAUUUGUUUUCUAUGAGUAUGAUACCCGAGAUUAGCAUUAUGUUACAAAACAGGUCUUCAUGUUAUCAUUUAUAACAAAAUAAAUGAAUUAUAUAGUCCAUUUAAUCGCAAAUGUACAUGCGUUUAAGACUUCAAAUAUUUAUAAGUAGUCUUUACCAAUUGAAUAAAACGUUACUAGUCGAUAUUUGUUCAUAAAACAUUUUAAUGAGCGUUUGUUAAAUAACAGUUUGAUCUGAUUGUCUACUUGUAUAUUUUUGAAUAUAUGCUCAACUCUCGUUAAUAGGAAUUAUGUGUCAGAUGGUUGUCGUUACUUCAAGUCUGUGAUUUUGUUUUAUUUUAAAAACAUGAAAUAAAUUGUGUUUUACUCAUA